AUGGCCACUUUUUUCGAUAUCCCCGGCAGCAACCCCCCAACCCCCUUUUCCGCUCCCAUUCAAGCUCUUCUCGCUUCAACGCCCCCUUCCUCGACGCCAGACGAAACGGCCUCUCACAUAGUUGACGCCGUGACUUCUUCUCCAGACCCCUCAAGCGCCCUGUGGCAGCUGUGGGAUGCCUUCUUCACGACUGUUGUCAAUUCAGCCUCCCACGGACCUCACCUUGCCUUCCUCGACGCUCUACGCGCGCAGCCACCAACCCAGCCCACGCACGUGCGCGCAGCCACCGACGCCGAGUCUUAUCUCCGCAGUUAUCUUGGCCCCGACGGGAAACUCCGUUGGUCAAAGCUGCCUCGUUUCGACUGGCAGUGGCGAGACGACCACGAUAUCCUUGAGGCCUGGCGCGCCUGGGACGGCAUUCGCGAAGACAGCGCGAUCGGCACCAUCACCUCGAAGCUAGAACGUACUCCUGCCGAGCUCUUUCUCCGGUUCAUCGACUUUUCGACGGCGCUGCUGGAAGUGAACCAUCUGAGAGGCGGAAACGGCGUAAGCUCUAUCAGUGUCUUCUAUGCUUGCCGCAACGUCCUGGAGCGUGAUGUCGGACAUUCCGGACUGCCCCGGCCAGACAGAACGGUGCAUGUCAUCUCGCCGGAUGAGCUGUGGACGCUUGAUGUCCGGGUGGCGGCGACUUGGAUGCGCGAUGGUGGACUGGCGCUGUGGGAGGCGGACGGUGAGGAUUUCCGCAGGCAUUAUGCUGCGACACUGGAGUUUAAGACGGAUCUGUGGCCGAGGGAGGAUGGACUGGCUAGGGAGCGGUGGGAGUUAUGGGGAAGAAGACUGCGGGAGUUGAGUACGGAUGGGAGUCUCGACGAGGAGACUAGGGCUGUGGUUGUGGAGGCUGCUGGGGUGGUUACUCGUCUUUUGGAGGAAACUGACGGGCCUUGA